CGCGCUCAUUGCCAAUUUAAUUUAAAAGCAAAACGCCAAACAAAUGACGUGCGAAAGUUGAUUAUUUUGAUUAUUUUUGCCCAUUUGUGUUCUGUUUUUCUCUUAUUUCGCGACGCCGUGAGUGAUUUUGCUAAACCAUGAUUUAGGUCGAUCGGCGCACCGAUGGACGAGCUCAAGAAGGACCGACUCGCAUUGUAGCAGGUAAAAUCUCGAAGAUGAGAGAAUUUUCCACUUGAAAACAGAUGCAAUGCAGACCCCUCCGUCUUCAUCAUCGGCCUCAGCGGCUGGAGACUCGCCCCGGCCGCAGAGAAGAGCUGCCGACCAAGACACACCCCGGAGGCUGGCCUUGCCCAAGAUGCCCAAUUUCCUGACACUUGCGUCGCCCAAGCGGCUGCAGAAGGACAAGGAGCACCACCACGAAAGCGUGUCAGCAAGAGAUAAAAAUGAGCCGUCGCGGUUUCUGGGCGACGGAGUCAGUUUUAAAGCCAAGCUGAUAGGCAUAUUAGAGGUGGGCGAGGCGAGGGGCGACAGGAUGUGCCAGGAGGCGCUCGCCGACCUGAAAAUGGCCAUAAGGGCGGCGGGCGAGCACAAGCAGAGGAUCACCAUCAAUAUCGCCAUCGACGGCUUGCGGCUCCGCGACGAGAAAACUAUGGACUGCUUGUAUCACCACCCAGUGCACAAAAUUUCCUUCAUAGCGCAAGACAUGACUGACUCGAGGGCUUUUGGCUAUAUUUUCGGCUCCCCGGACACUGGCCAUCGUUUCUUUGGCAUUAAGACUGAUAAGGCAGCUGGACAGGUUGUUGUGGCAAUGAGAGAUUUAUUCCAAGUUGUGUUUGAACUUAAGAAAAAGGAAAUAGAACUGGCCAAGCAGCACAUCGAGCAGCAGCAGAUGAAGUUCUCGGUUGGCAAGUCGCUGGAAAAUCUGACAUACUCAAAAUACAACAAAUUUCAGAGCCUUCUAGACUCGGGCAGCAGGUACAGCGCCCUGAAAGACGACUCGAAGCUCGAAAACGGGUGCCUGGGCGCUGCGAGCAAGUCAGCGCAGCAGACCUCUGAGGUGAUUGCUGAUCUGUUGGACCUUGAAAUAGAGUUAAACAGCAUACAGCAGGGCAUCAACCAAAUGGAGAAAAUAACUCCGUCGGACCCUUUUGGUCCUGAUUCUAACAAAGACGCCUCCUUCUAUGACCCGUUCGAGGACUCGUUUUCUCCUCCUCCGACGGCGGUGAUCCUGCCGCCGCCGCCUCCCUCAACUCGUGCCUCCUCUAAACGCCACCUCAGUCUAGAGCCCUCUUCUCCUCCUCCCGCUAACACUUCUGCCACGACUAGUCCGGCCCCUACGCCUCAGACUAUCACAACUAAAGCAAUUGCCCCGUUAGCCACCACGGAAACGUGGUUUGACACCACCUCUGAUCCCUUAUUUGGUGAUAAUAACACAACUUCUACUACCUCCGGUGUUGGUCCCACAACUAAGGAGCAGGUUGAAGACGCGGCGGCUCAAGGUCAAUUCGACGUUUUCACGGAGCUCGAUCCUUUGGGUACCGGGCGGAGCAAACCUUACGUGGACAAAAAAGAUUUCUUCCAAGAGUUGAAGAACCCGCCUAAGAAAGUGCUCAAGGAGUUGGUCGAGCCGAAGGACGGUGAGGCCUCCAGCGGCACAUUUGCCGCCACCUUCAGCCACUCUGUGCAGCCCUCUGACCGGAGGACGCCGACGCAGCGCAAGUAUUCCGCUGACGUGAUGGCGCUGGACCCGUUCGCCGACAGCGACCCUUUUGGCGAGCCCGAUUUCGUCGACGAGCCGUUCCCAGCCUCUGAGUCAGUAGAUCCCUUCGACACGUGCUUCGCCGACUUCACCAUGUUUGGCAGUCAGAAGAUGGACAAGAGCAACAACGCCGCCGACGUGUUUCACGGUCCACUUCGCGUCAGUCUGCCGCCGGAGAAACGCAGUGGGGGUGGGGGCACCUCGCUACUACCGCCGCCACCCACUGGCUCAAAGCGAGCCUCCCCAACGCUCAAAUCGUCCCCAAAGUCUCCGCGGUCGCCGCUGAAGCAGAAGCCGGCCGUGUCGGACACGCCUAUGGUACGGAUCCCAAGUCCUAAGUCUGGCAGGAGGAGAACCGGCGCCAUCCGCAAGAGUCCCCUGGCCGACGAGGAGCGCAUUUCCAACUCGAGCGCCGAGCUGGCGGACAUCGCGCCCGAGCCGCCUCCCAGACCAGCCUCUUCAAAGCCGCCACCGCUGCCACCCAAGAAGCAGCAGACCAGCCAGCAAUACAAGCCGCCUCGGCCACCCCCGUGCGAGCAGUACGACUACAUCAACAACAUCGAGGCUCCAGUUAGCGUUUCCAGUCCACCGCUGCCCAUGCCCGUGCGGCGGCCCAGAACCAGCAGCGGCACCGAGAUUCCCAGGCCGCGGCAACAGCAGCAGCAGUCGCAGGAAAUGGCGCAGUUUUCGCUGCCACCGCCGCCUGCCAAGGAAGAGAAGAAGCCAAAGGUCGCUGCCAACCUCACCCUGCGCCAACUGACAAAUAUGAACAUCACGGAGCUGGCCUCCAGUUUGAACGUGUCACCUGGCCACUUGUCUAAAAUGACGCUGCAGGAGCUUGCUGGAUUUUUGGCGUCCGUGUCCACAGAGGGAAGUCCGUCUUCGAACAAAGACGUUUCUGUUGAACCCCAAAAGGCUGAGGAAUCCGAGCCAGUAGAGAGAGAAAACUACUCCGCUUUAAGGGAAUCACUUGAUGGCGAGGAAACGUUCAGAGCAGAUUUUGAUAAUAAUUUUGCCGACUUCUCUUCAACUGAUUUCCAAAAUCUGAAAGAGGAUGUGUUCCAAGAGGCGCCGUUCGACAAGUAUGCCGUGUUCCGGGAGCUAGAACAGGAAGAGAAGUCCACAACAGACAAUGUUGAGGAUAACACAGAGACUGCUGAAUUCGAAGAUGCUGUGCAGGACAGCAUCAAGGAGGAGGCCGAGCUGCCCCGCAGUGACAGUGCCAUGGCGGAAGAAGGACUGCGGGACGAGGAGCUCGAGGAUUACACUGAAGACGGUGACAAGUACGCGGCUUUGAGAGAGAUAUGCACAGAGGACCCUGGAGCUCAAGGAGAGGUGGACGAAUCAGAUAAAGAUGACAGUGAGAGCGUAACGAAGAAAGUAGACGAAGACUUGAACCUUUUGUCAAUAUCAAGGCAGCCUAGUGACAGUCCAGAGUCUGUGACCAUGGAGCCAACAAAUGUCAGAGAGUCAAUAAUAGAGAGCACCAUUCUCGAAGAGGAAGUUGCAAGUGAUGGUGGAAGUCAGUAUGAAGAGCCAGUAGAAAUUCCAGUUGAAAAGCAACCGCUGCAGCAAGAGGAAGAUGAAGAGGUUGAGGUAGACGUCCAGUCCGUAAAGGACGACGACAGCAAAGAGGAGACUCUUAAGUUAGAGGAGGAGCCUGUCCAAAAUAUCCAGUCGCCUGUAAGAGCUGUGUCGCCUCCUAAGGAGCUCGCCAUUCCUGUCGAGAGCAAUGAGGAAAUGUCAAUUUCUCCUGGUGGAGGCUGGGCAAAGUUCGAGGAUGAAGACAAGAAGCUUGAAGAUCCUGAAAUGUCCCCAUGGUCCGUGGAUGGCAAGGAGUUUGGUGGAAAGGGAUUCACUCCUGAAAAGGCUUACACGCCUGACUCAAACAGUGGCAGUCGGAGACACAGGUAUAGAAGUAGAGAGAGCCCAUGGCAGGAUGAUGAGGACGAUGAUCAAGAAGGCGACUGGGAAGACAGGGAAAAUGGUUGGAGAGACGAAAAGUACAGACGUCCAAGGAAGCGGUCGCCGUGGGGACAGAGGACGGCAAAAAAGACGUCUCCGUGGGAGGAUGACGAUGAAGAGAGCUUUGAUGAAGUGGCCUACAAACCUAAGCGUCCAGGCAGGCCAAGUUCGGCCAACCGCCGACCACCCUCUUGGGACGAUGAGGAGCCUGAGUACGAUGAGCCACGAAGAAGACCUCCACACAGAUAUGAAGAAAAGAGAGACCGAAGCGGCAGCCGCGGCGAGUACAUGCGGCGGCGUGAAUGGGAAGAGCAGCGCAGCAAGUACGCAGCCGCUUACGCGACUUGGGCAGAGCGCGGGCAGCGCAAGAGCGGCGGCUCGCAGGAGCGUCGGAGUCGCGAGUCGGCGGCGGCAGCGCGGCGCAAGCAGUUCGACAGUCACUACUACAACUACCGUCCGCCUGAGUAUGACGAGCCGUACGACCCGCGCUACAAGAGCAAGAAAACGGUGGGCAGCGGGCCGAAGCGGCCGGCCAGCGCCACGGACUUGCGCAAGGGCGGUGGGCGCAGGGGGCGCCACUCGCCAGAUGACGAUGACGACGACGAGAUGGACGACGAGGAGCCGGGUUUUGGCGGCGACGGCGGACGCUUCCGCACGCCCAGCGCCGACCCGGCGCGUCACUGGCAGGAUGACUUCAACUCUGACCAUGAGGCAGCACCGACGCGCGAGCAGCACUACGAGCAGCGCUCGUACACAAUGCACUCCAAGCGGCGGCAGAAGCAACGCCGCGAUGACUUUUACAACAAGUCGCCGUUCGAAGACGACUUUUCAACACGCUCCUUCCACGCCACCGAGUUCUCCUCGAUCGAGAGCCCGACGGCCGAGACGGUGCGCCGGCAGCUGGACGAGGACGAGCAGCAACAGGCGGCUGCGGUGGCGCGUAUCUCCAGCACCAAGGCAUCCAUCGGCUCGAGCAGGCGGUCGCCGUUCGAGGACGACUUCACGCCGCCGGAGACGCGCCGCGGCUCUGCGCGCAUCCUCUCCAGCAUCUCCAGUGAUAUCAGCCGCUCGCCGCACGACCCGGCCUUUUGCAGGGCGGACGACGUGUUUCUGCCUGAGCCGGAGGUGGACGCGCCGCCGCAUGAACACCGGCGCAAGCAGCAGCAGCGGUGGCCUGACGACAGGCAGGUGGCCGGCAUGAAAAAUAGACUGAGUUCGUCGGCUCGAAUGGCCUCGCAGGACUCGGGCAACAUAAAGAAGUCCGAGUCGGUGAACAUCUUUUCCAGGGAAAGCGACCCGUUCGCCGAUGACGACUUUUUUGCCGACACCGAGCGGCCGAGAAAGAAGAACAACGGCGAUGCGUUUAAGUGGUCAGAACCGAACUUCGGUAGCUUUGAUUUCAAAGAAGAGGAUGAAGAAGAAGAAGAGUGAAGUGAUUUCUCAGUUGCUUUUUAUCUAGUCGUUGCCACCAUACACACACACACUGACGCCCGCCCCUAUCACACACCUGAUUACCGCAAUCACUUCUCUACUGUGUACCCCAUGAUAUUAGUUGAUCUGUUGAAAUUCUACAUUCUAAUUUUUGCAUUUAACUGUUUGUUUCGAGAGAUUUGACACAGUCAGUUCCUACGAUGGCGUGGACUUGUUUGCUUCUUUAUUUUUGUUUUUCAGUACAAACAGCAUCGUUUUUUAAGCAAUAACAUCAUGUAUCAAACACGGACGAUUUGCAUCUCUGAUCUGAUUUACUAUGACACGAUCCUACUGCGUUUUUGCAUUUAGUUUUUACUACUGCUUAUCGACAGCCAUUUUUUAAAGUUGCCAAAACUAUAUCAUCAUAACUGAUUAAAUUUACGAGUAUGGUUAUAUUCUCCUAGUCCUUGCUUCAAUUAAGAUAAACGCAUUAUUAUUAAUGUAAUCCGCAGUUUUAUUUUCCCGACUUCAUAUUUUAUUGAUUAAGAUUUUUUACUGAUAUUUGAUGUCGGUUUAGCAACAUAAAAAAUGCUGUAUUGUAUAAUAAAAAUGAAAACUUGAUCUAA